CUCCGCUGGCGGGCUGCUCGGACUGCCACACGACACACGCUUGUGCGCCUCAGAGACAAAAGGCAACAGAAGAAGAGGAGGUAAAAGAACAAGAGAGACGAAUAGAAGACGGAGCGUCGGAAAAAAGAGCCGCUCCACACCAUGCGAGAAGGGCAUCUUUGAUGAGAAGAGCAGACACUUGGGGGUAGAGAAGAGUUUCCCCACACAACAUGGCCUCAGCCACAGAUGAAGGUGUGAAUGAAAGACUGGCACACAUUAAACAGGAGGAAUAUGAGUGGGACACACCAGAGAAAUGUUAUUUCUGUGUGAAGGCAGAGAAUUGUGAGGGAAGAAACUCAGAUUUUAAAGAGGAGGAGUGCGAGCGAGAUGUUAAAACUGAGGAUUCAGAAGAGUCGUCCAUUAGUCUUGAACUGCAAAAGCACGAGGGUGGAAAUCGUUUGAAACAAGAUGUUUCGAAAGAGUCUCAUUCCAGUGUACAGCCCCAGUUCUUGAACACAAGAUCACUGGCUACCCAAGAGAGUUCUAUAGAACUGAAAUCUGAGUUGGAAGAUAAAAUCGAUGAAGGAAACAUGGGAGAAGCAGAAGAGCAGCAGUCAUCUAGGAGUGUGGGAACAAAUUUCCAGGAGAACUGUGGCUUCUUUCCAUCGUCAUUUCCUCAGAUUUCUCCUCGGUGCAGAAUGCAACAUAAAAAAGAGAGGAGAAGGGUGAAGAAAUCAACAAGAGGAUCAGAUUAUUUCCAUUGCAGUUCUCUUCCUACUGCUAAACAAGCACAGAUAGGAGCCAUCAACAAUAAAAAACAAGAUGUUCAUAAUACGGACCAAGAAGCUCUUUAUGUAUACAGAGAGUGCAGAAUAUUUUUCAAAAACACUCCUGACAGUAAAGAUCAAAAGUUGAUACAUAGGAAGCAAAAGCCAUAUGUUUCUUCUGAAUAUGAUAAGCUGUUUCCAUGCAGUCAAUCUCUUCCCAGUUACAAAAUAAUUCAUGCUGGAGAGAAACCUCAUUGCUGCUCUGAAUGUGGAAAAAGAUUCUCGCAAAAAAGCAGUCUGCAAAGGCACACAAGAAUUCACACUGGAGAAAAACCUUAUUGCUGUUCUGAAUGUGGGAAGCGAUUUGCUGCCAGAAGUGCUGUUCAGAGGCACACAAGGAGUCACACUGGAGAAAAACCUUACUGCUGUUCUGAAUGUGGCAAACGAUUCUUUGACAGCAGUGGUCUUCAGAAGCACACAAGAAUUCACACCGAAAAGAAACCUUACUGCUGUUCUGAAUGUGGUAAGCACUUCUCAUACAGCAGCAGUCGUAAUAGACAUAUGAGAGUUCACACUGGAGAGAAACCUUUUUGCUGUGAAGAAUGUGGCAAACGAUUCUCGCUAUUAAGUCAUUUUCAGACCCACACAAGAAUUCACACUGGAGAAAAGCCAUAUAGCUGCUCUGAAUGUGACAAAUGUUUCUCACAUAGUGGAAGUCUGAAUAAUCACAUGACAUUUCAUACUGGACAGAAACCGUAUUGCUGCGCAGAAUGCGGCAAACAAUUCUCACUAAAAUGCAGUCUUCAGAGGCACACAAGAAUCCACACUGGGGAAAAACCCUUUGUUGUCCUGAAUGUGGCAAACAAUUUUCUAACAGUAGCCAUCUUCAGAGACACACAAAUUUUGCACAUUAGGCAAGAAGCCAUAUUGCUGUUUUGA